AUGAUGUGAUGCUCACAGCCCUGCGGGCAAAGUUUACCCAAAAUGAAGAUUUAAAAGAAAUAUUAUUAGGAACUGGAGAUUCUCAACUUGUCGAGGCAUCACCGACUGAUAGUUAUUGGGGAAAUGCUAGGAAAAGUGAUGGUACCGAAGGGAAAAAUAUGUUGGGUAUUUUAUUAAUGCAAGUUAGAGAUGAGUUGAGAAUUAAGGAUAGCCAGUGA